AUUUGGGACCACAAACGUGAAACGGUUCUAGUACAGACACAGAAGUAAAGUAAGUAGACGGUUUUCUGUAAUAUUUUUCUUAUUUAGACACAAUACCGGGACUGUUUUUGAGACAUCCCGCCCUGCUUAACUCCUCGCAAGGUUUUCCUCUUUGGACGCUGCGCUCUUAACGCCCUGCUUCGGCUCAAGUCCCGUCUUUAUGAAUCCAGUAAUUAGACGGAGCAUUCCUCCGUCAGUGAGGAGCCUCCUGACAGAUAUCGCUCCAAAGGAAGAGGAGUGGACCGACCCGGCGCCCGAGACAGAGACUGUGGCCAGGGAUGGGAUCCUGCUUCCGUCUAAAGGAGCUGGAAAUGAGGAGUUUCUUUCCCCAGCCAAGAUCCAAAAGGAGAAGGUUGCAGGGGAUGAGUCUAACACCAGGAUGAGCAGGGAGGUGUGCACGCUGUGUAAAUGUAAACCCUCCAACUACACCUGUCCACGUUGUAACCUCCAGUACUGUGGAUUGUCCUGCUACCAGAGCCCAGACCACUCCGCUUGCUCCGAGGAGUUUUACAAGGAGUCUGUCCUGCAGGAGCUGAAGGAAAUGGGGAAAACAGAGGCUGAGGGUAGGAGGAAGAUGCAGGAGAUUCUGCUGGGACUGAGGCAGAAAGCAGUUGCAACACAUGGGGGGAUGGAGAAUUUUUUAAAAGAAGCAGACAUGGUGGGGGAGGGAGAGGAUGAAGAGGAAGCAGUGGAGAAGGUACAGGUUUUGGAUCUUCUGUCCAAGUUGGCAGAGCUUCAACAGUCUGGAGAGGAGAACAUACCAGAGAUGGAGGCUAUUCUGGGAAAACUUGAGGAGAUCGGAGGAGCAAAGGUGACGCCUGGAGCUGCUGGUGAGGAUGCUGACAGUACAGAAGGGGAUUUGGACUUGGCUGUGCGAUUGUCAGGGUUGGAGAUCGACAAGCUUUCAGAGGAGGAGCUGUGGGAACUUCUCAGCAAGAAGGAGCAGGAGAAGUUUAUGGGUCUUUUGAAGGGGGGAGAUCUCAGCGGGGUACUCCCUGUGUGGAAGCCCUGGUGGGAGGAGCAUGAGGAGAUUGGCAGGUCGCUCAUCGAGGUACUUCAGGAAGAAGUGAACAAACAGGAGAAUGCCAGUGAUAAUCAAGUCAAGAUAUCACAAGAAGAUGGUCAGAAAGAAGGAGAGUCGGUGUCAAAGACAAACAAGGUUAUAGGAGGGAAGAGAAAGGAAAAAGGAAAAAGUAAAGGAAGCCCAUCUGGAGAAAGAGUUCCCUCAAUUUCUGCAAAUAUUCCAAAGUUGAGCUCCUUAUGUGCAAAUCCAUCUCCUCUGGUUUGCUACAGUUUAGUAAAUGCCCUUUAUGGCUAUGCCUUUGCCUUGUCCCUGUAUAAUGGUGACACAGAUUCAUUGAUGUUCGAGUUCUGUGACAUGACUCUCGUUCUGUCUGCGGCUCUGAGCUCAGGCAGGGUGUUCAGCUCUGUCCAGGAAGCUUUAGACUGUGGAGAAGCUCUUGUCCUGCGUGAUGGUUGCCUCGACAGGGAUGACCCUCUGGCUCCCGCCAGAGCAGUGGAGGCUGUGGCUCACAUCAUGACAGGCAGAAACAGACGGGAUGCCUCAGGUUACUGUCUGGCAGCCCUCAGUCAGCUGCGCAGUGUACUCUCCAAAGCUAGGGUGAAGCUAUCCAAAGAGGGUGAAGAAGGGAUUAGGAGACAGAAGUACUUCCAGGCAAGCAAAAAGUGUGAAUUCUUUCAAGCCUGGGUGAAGGACAGUGUUCAGCAGAUUCACAGACUUGCUGUGGAACUGUGGAGUGAACACAGUAAAAGAGAAAGUGUGAGGGACAGCAUGGAGAAAGCAAAGACUGUAGUUCAGGAGAAUUUGAAGAAAAGAAAGAGAAAAAGACACGAUAAGCUCAUUGAGGAGCUGAGCUAAAUGCAUUUAUACAUGUAUGUUGUUUUUUUUAAAUAAAAUUUGUUGUUAAAUAAAAUAUGUCAAAAAUA